GGCACCGGACCACUGCAUUCAUUCGGUGUUGAGUCUACAUAGCCGGUGUGUUUGAAUUUAACAACGUUCCCGGUUUAAGGAGCAAACAAACAAAUAGCCAGACAAUCGUUUCGGGUAUUAGAUACAUUUAUUCACUCAAAAAGAAAAACAACAACAACAUGAACGGGCACGGUAACUCCAUCAUUGAUGAAGACUGCUUCCUGUUCACUUCUGAGUCGGUCGGGGAAGGACACCCUGAUAAGAUUUGCGACCAGAUCAGUGAUGCCGUGUUGGACGCUCAUCUCAAGCAGGACCCCAACGCUAAGGUUGCAUGUGAAACCGUAGCUAAAACCGGAAUGAUCUUGCUUGCGGGUGAGAUCACCUCUCAUGCCAACGUCGACUACCAGAAGGUUGUUAGAGAAACCAUCAAGCAGAUCGGCUAUGACGACUCCACCAAAGGGUUCGACUAUAAGACCUGCAAUGUCCUUGUGGCUCUGGAGCAGCAGUCCCCGGACAUCGCCCAGGGCGUUCACCUGGACCGCAAUGAGGAGGACAUUGGUGCUGGAGAUCAGGGUCUGAUGUUUGGCUAUGCCACUGACGAGACGGAGGAGUGUAUGCCCCUGACCAUCAUCCUGGCACACAAGCUGAACGCUAAAUUGUCUGAGCUGCGACGCAACGGCAGUCUGUCAUGGCUGAGGCCCGACUCCAAAACUCAGGUGACGGUACAGUAUCGCCAGGACCGCGGCACCAUGGUACCCUUGCGUGUGCACACAGUGGUGGUGUCUGUGCAGCACGACGAGGACGUGGGCCUGGACGAGAUGCGUGACGCCCUGAAGGAGAAGGUUGUUAAGGCCGUGGUGCCCAGCCGAUACCUGGAUGAUGACACCAUCUACCACAUGCAGCCGAGCGGCCGGUUUGUCAUCGGAGGACCACAGGGUGACGCUGGUCUGACUGGACGCAAGAUCAUCGUGGACACGUACGGAGGCUGGGGGGCUCACGGUGGCGGUGCGUUUUCCGGGAAAGACUACACUAAAGUGGACCGCUCUGCUGCCUAUGCCGCCCGCUGGGUCGCCAAGUCUCUGGUGAAGGCAGGACUUUGCAAACGCGUCCUUGUGCAGCUGUCGUACGCCAUCGGUGUGGCCCAUCCGCUCUCUGUUUCCAUCUUCCACUAUGGCACCUCUGAGAAGAGCGAGAAGGAACUGCUUGAAAUUGUGAAGAAGAACUUUGACCUCCGCCCUGGUGUCAUCGUCAGAGAUCUGGACCUGAAGAAGCCGAUCUACCAGCGCACCGCCGUGUACGGCCACUUCGGCCGUGAGCCUUUCGCAUGGGAGGUUCCUAAAAAGCUCCAAUAUUAAACCUGUAACAGCUUCUCCUUUCAGUCAGUAGGCGUACACUACAGAGAAACCUCGCUGCUCUGAGGAGAAGAAUGUAAUCUCGUGCUUGAACCUAAACCCCAUCCCUCUGAAUCAAGAAGUUCCCAAAAAGAAAGAAAUCCGUCCUUCCUUUUGCUUGCACCUUUUCAACACUUUCAGACCCCCCCCCCCUUUUUAUUUUUAUUUUUUUAUUUUACCCUCUCUCCUCUAAACCCUUCCAUUCCCAUGCACCUAUCUUUCCUCCCUCCCUCAUGCUCCUGUCCUGCAUCCUACUGAAGUUAAUGAUGGCACAAAUUAAUGAUUUGAAUGCAGAUUGCUAUGCAUUGCCACAUGAAGCACUGAAGCCAAUCAAACCUCUUUAUUUAUUAUUAAUUUUUUUUUGUUACAUUUUCUGCAAGUACCACUUAUGCCAGCACGACUCUUCUUUAUUUUUUUUAUUUUUUUUAUGCGAUGUAUUUCCAUCACUUGAACGAUGUACAACCUUGGGAUCAGAGGAAUGUUUAAUAAUCCGAAUGCUGCCGGUGCGUGGAAUCGAGUACGGUAUUAUAGUAAAAGUAUAACUAUAGGCCUGUUUUGAUUGGAGAAGGUAUAUAUUUUUUUAUUCGAAGAAAUGGUGUUUUUCAGAUGUCUGUUGCUGACAUCUCAGUCCUUGCAGGCCAUAUGUUUUCUGGUGUGUUACAGAGAAACCAGAAGCUGCUACCAACUGUGGUUCUGCAGGACUGUGAUUCUUAACUCUACCCCUUCAGUUUAUUUCUCCGUAAAUUAUUUUUAUAGAUUACAUCUUAUCUCCGUAGCUCUAUUGGCUGUAUUUCUUUUUUUUUUUUUUUAAUCAUGGUGAAGAUGCUGCAUUCCCCCCUCUGUGCGCGCUCGAUAGCCGGCGUGGUUACAGAGAAGCCGAGCUCCCUCGCUGCCGCAGGGGGGUUACCUUCACUACUUGAAUGCCGGUUUCAAACCCUGCUCUCCGUACGAGCCUCUAGAGCCAUGGCGAGUUGGAUUCCGUUUUGUACGUCAAACUUUUUAACGAUUCUCCUGAGCAGCGGUGUAGCUGCGUGCCCAUCGUGCCACCCCGCGGCAUCCACAGCGCAUCGUACAGAAAAGCAUUGAGGCUCUGACGCCGGGUGGCUCUGGAAGCUGUGACCAUUGUUGCCUGUUUUAUUAGUUUUACCCGAGUAAUGGCAGAUUAAGAGAGACUGACCAUACAUGCACAUGUUUUAUUACAUAUUGGAUGAUCUCUGCAACCGAGACAGAAGCAAGAGUUUGGCCAGUGUUGUACAGAGAAACUGGCCGUGUUUACAUUGCUCUGCUCGGUAGUGGAUCUCUUACAUGUUUGUUUUUCUUUUCUUUUUUUAAAUGCCAGCCAUUGGUGCACCAGACUGGCUACUGGAAGAGCAAAAGUGCCUUUUUUAUUUCUUUUUCUUCCCUUCCCUGCCCUUCUCCCUGCCCCUCUCCCUCUUGCCUUUCUCCCUCUCGGCCCACCAGACUUUCUCCCUCUGUAAUGUUUGUACCUUCUGCAGUUCCCAAAUCCUCCUCUGCCUCUGUUGAUACUGCAUCCUGAUUAGAUUUAAAUAAAACUUCUGCUCUUG